CAGUUUUGUUUUCGUCGUUGCCAUCGCCGGGUCGGGUCACGCGUGUUUGCUGCAAGGAAAAUCUACCCCGGUGAAUCUCCCCCAAAUGGACUCGGCUCCGUCCACGGUGGCGCUGAGGACCGCCUUCCACCGUGAGCGGUUCUGCCGGCUGUGUAUGGGCCUGUCGGACAAUAAUCGUUUGCAGCGGUUCUUCGACGUCGGGACCCCGGCCAAUCCGGACCUGCUGAAGCACAUCCGGAGCUUGGUCAACGUUGAGAUCGUCUUCCCCGACGACCAGCACUCGGAAAUCUGCUCACGGUGUCUGCACUCGCUCGAAAACUUCUUCGUCUUCCGGAACCUCUGCCAGACGGUGGACGUGCGGGUGCGCCAAAUGCGUGCCGAAAAGUCCCCCGCCCCACCGGAAGUGGAUCCGGAUCCGGUAUUUGAGGUUCCGCCACUACUCCCUUCGGAACCAGAGGAAACGGUGGAAUUGCCGCCGGUUCUGCCCCAGGAGAAAACGAUGGGGAUAUUCGAGUGUGUGGAAUUUUGCCACGAUCCGGCGGAUGAGCCCGAGGAGUACCGGCUGGUGGUGAAGGGGUUCGUUUAUAGCCAAAAGAGUUUGACUGAUUGGCUGUGCGAGGUUGAGAGUUGCGGCUGUCGGCUUGACGUGGACAAGGAUCUGAGCGACUGUCGUCCGUUGACCGAGCACGGCCACGAGCCGGAGAAAUAUGAUGGACGCGAACGUUUCAAGAUUAACCGGGCGGUUCGUGAGUUCCUGGACUUACUGCCCAAGCGUGUCCGGUCAACCGUGAACGAAAGUGUCCUCAACAUCGAGUCCUACCAGCAGAACGCCGAUCCGGAACAAAUGCCCGAACUUCCUGCGCUUCAGAGUGUCGACGUGCCCCAACCGGAAGUGGCCUUUUUCAACUGCUUGGAGCGAGGUCUUUCGAUGGUCCGUGGCAGGUAUCACUACCUUCUGGCCCAGGUCCAGGGCGGUAAAAGCAUGUGGUUGUGCACCUGGACCGACUGCAAGGUAAUCCUCGAGGCCAACUCCCAGCUGACCGCUUUCAGAACCCUCUCGGAACAUUCCCACUACCCUCCGAGUCAGUCCGCCCUGAAAGAGAGCACCGCAAACCAAAUUUCCCAGGACGGCGCUUUCGCCGAGCUGGCUGCCUGCCCGGCAAAUGACGGCCAAGUGGCGCAACCGGAAGUGACCUUCUACCGCGUGGUCAAAUCCGGGAUCGGCGUCCAGCACGACGGCUUCUGCUUCCGGCUGGGCGGAUUUCUCGCCGGUGGAAAGAGUCGCUGGGGUUGCGUUUGGCACGGGGGCUGUUCUGUCGAGCUGGAACUCGCCGGAACGCUGCAAUGCCGGCUGGUUCCGGCGGGCGAAUCCUCGCAUGGUCAUCCGCGGCCGGAACCGGUUUGCUCGAUGGUCAACACCGUUUCCCCGGUCAAGGCGCUGGUCGAGCUGAACGGGAAGCGCAGCGUGAUGGAGCAACAGACGGGAGUGCACGAGAUCCUCCAGGGAAGGCCCCAGCUGCAGCUCAAACUGACCAAAGUGCAAGUGCCAGCAACCGUGCGACACCAAACGGAGCCCCCUCCACCGUCCAAAAUGGACUUUUACCGCAUCCGAAGGACGCUGGGCUUGCAGUUCGAGGGCGCCCGCUACCUGCUGGCCAGAUACAGCACCAACGGGAACAGUCGGUGGGCGUGCGAACGGAUGUCGCCCCAAAAGUGUCCGGUGCGCGUCAUUUUGAACCGCGAGAUGCACCUUUUGUCGAACGAGCACACCCACAACCACCGACGGACCAGAAUCCUUCCGUUGGGAUCGGCGCUGAACGCAAAACAGAUUUCCCCGCAGGAAGUUGCAAGAGAGUUGAAAGAUAACAAAGGCUCGAGCGGGGCGAACAAGCGCCGGGGGAUUCUCGAGGUUUACGAUGGGCGCCGCAUUAUAAGGCGGACAAGAUUGGAGCGAGCGACAAGCGAAGAGUCGGUGAGCGUCAAUGGUUCGUCCCUACACUGAGCAAAACUUACACAGCUUAACGAAGUGUUCUACACAUGAUCUGGCCCUGCUGUACAGAGCACUCAAAAAUCAAUCGCAAAACACUUGAAUUUUGGGCACCUUAAGAUGCUGUCAAUUCAAUAGCACAACACUUGAAUUUGAUGUGUUGUGUCACAUGAAAAACUACAUUAUAUCUAUCGGUUUUAAAUGGUGUUUCCUUCUAUAAUCAAUCCAUGUU